AUGCCCCCAGUCAAGCAAGUGGGGGAUUUCCCAGACAUUCCUAAGGAACCCAUCCUUGAAAAUGAUGACAUCGUCCACGGAGUACAGACACCAUCUGUCCCCAACUAUGUGCAUACGUUAGUCGCUCGAUCCGAUUCGCAAGACAAGUAUCAACCAGGAGAAGGCACCGUUGACCCUAACCACAUCAACAUGGGCGGUCUUUUCGCGCUAUUCGCAAUCCUCGGAGCCGCGUUUGUCCUUGCAUCUAUCUGGUUCUUUUUUUGGGCUAAGAACGGCGGAUUCCAAUGGCAGAAAGGCGACUGGGAAGAGUACAAAUCCACCGUUCUACGACGGAAAGGACCAGACGGACGAACUCUCAGUAACGCCACGAAGAGUACCAAGCUAGGUGGCGGCAGCAUCGUCCACAAAGGCUACAGCGACGACGGAUACACAGUCACCGACAGCGUGGACUACACAGAAACAGCGACGACAAUCACCGAAAAGGAACGACCGAAACGCAAGCGCAAUCUCCGCGAGAAGCUUCUCCGUCGCCACAAGGACGAACAGUGGGAAGGCGAAGCCGACGAGGACGUGCGCGCCUAUCGCAAGGAGAAACCCGCCCAAGUAGGUGGCAUCAACCGUGAAGCGGACGGCACCUACCACGGAAGUGAUUAUGAUACAUCCAACCCACGUAGCUACUACCAGCAGAGCGAGAUGAGUCAGGUCCGAGACUAUGCGUAUGAGCCGGCACGCCAGAGUCGUAAUUUCUCUUUUAUCCCGGGAACUGAAGAAACACUCAGCCAGGCGCCGACAGAAGGGCAGCGACUGCGUGAGCCAUCAACCCGUCGGCAUAAUCGUCGUCGGGAACGACGACGGCAGCCUCCUCCGGUAGCGACUCGCCAGGGUAGUCCGCGUAAGCGCGACGGACCGUCCAUGCCGGGCCAUUAUACCGAACCAUUAGACUUUUCCUCUGCGCCUUCGCGAUCUGAAUACCAAUACUCCAACGUGGACACAGAAGACUCGGGGACCAAGAGCUACCAUCAUCCAAUCCCAGGAUUAAGCAAGGGAUACCGUCGUGAAGGUGGUCGGGGACGUCGUCGUGAUAGUCUCAGUGAUAGCGACGGUGAUGAAACUCGCUACUCAUAG